GGACACAGCAGCAUGAAGUCGGUGGCUGCCCUCCUCCUGGUGGGAAUGCUCAUCUUCUGGACGGAGCUGCCAACAGGCAGCGCCUGGUCCUGCCCGCCCGUCCGCAUCACCUGCGCGAUGGUCAAUCCACCCAACAGGUGCUACAUCGACCGACAGUGCCCGCGCAACAAGAAGUGCUGCCAGACCUUCUGUGGGAGAAGAUGCAUCUCACGCCCUCCUGCCAUCCCUGUCUCCUACG